AUGGCUGGUCGGAAGAACCCCCAUAUUUUGAGCGCGUUGACCAGCGUUCUUGGAGACUCAGUCUUACAGCCUGGCAGCGCUGAAUAUGAGAAAGAUAACGGCUCAUACUUCAGUGCCUUCGAGAGCGAAAUUAGGCCCUCGUUUAUUGCCAAACCAAAUAAUGUCGAGCAGGUACAGGGUAUAGUCCGGGCUCUUCGUCCAUAUGUUCUCUCAGGAGACUGCGAGUUGGCUAUCCGAGGAACUGGCCAUUCUCCAACUGAUAGCAGUGCAAACGUCCAGGGUGGCGUUACGAUCGAUAUGCGAGGCCUUAAAGGCAUUAAGUUAAGUGAUGAUCAGUCGGUAGUGGAAAUUUGCGCUGGAGAAAUUUGGGCUCCUGUCUACGCCGAGCUGGAGAAGUAUGGCUUGACAGUAGCGGGUGCUCGUGUUGGCCGUAUCGGUGUUGCCGGUUUCCUCUUAGGAGGGGGUUUGUCUAUAUUCUCAACGCGGAAAGGGUUCGCAUGCGACUCGGUCGUUGAGUUCCAGGUUGUCCUCGCAUCUGGCGAGGUUGUCCGCGCAAAUGCGGAAGAAAACGCCGAUCUCUGGCGUAGCUUGAGGGGCGGUAUGAAUAACUUUGGGAUUGUUACCUCUUUCAAGAUGAAGACUUUCAAAUCAGGACCUAUAUGGGGAGGGAUAACAUACCACUAUCCCAAUGACGAAACAACUUACCUGCUUAUCGACUCUGUUUGUAUCUUUCCCGAAGAAAACCCCUCCUAUAAUGAACAUGACAAAGACACUUAUCUCACGUAUAGCAUUAGUUACAGUUCUGGACAGAAAACUUUGAUGUGUGUCAUGUAUCACACCAAAGGCAAAGAAAACCCAAGUCAACUACAAUGGCUUACAGGUAAAGAGAAAGAUCCAGAGUUUGAGUGUGGUAUUAUUGAAGAAAAGUGCACUCUGCGGAUGUCGACGCAACUGGAUUUCUGUGAGGAAUUAUCAAAAUUGUCAAGUGAUGGAUUGCGACAAUUCUGGGCUUCAAUCACUAUCGGACACGAGUCCGGAAUACUAGAGGACAUCUAUUACGAAUGGAAUAAUACACUCGACAAAUUAAAAGAUGCCGAGGGGUUCACCUUUACUAUCGAAUUCCACCCAUUGACUAGGUCUAUGUUAGAGAAUUCAGCAAAGGCGGGUAGUAAUGCUAUGGCUAUUCCGCCUCCGGAUAGACCGCUAUUCAUAGUAUUAAUUCAUCCGACCUGGUCGCUGGUAGAAGAUGACGAUCGCAUAUUCAAGGAAGUAGAAAACCUCAUGGCAGAGUCCAAGCGGGUGGCGAUUAAUAAGUUUAGUUCAUCAUAUUACCACCCUUAUAUCUUUGCGAAUUACGCCUACGAGGAGGACGAUGUCAUUGCGGGAUAUGGGCAGGAGAGCGUGGCGAUGCUUAAAGAGACCAGUAAGAAAUACGACCCAGAGGGUAUAUUUCAGAAGGGCACUCCUGGUGGUUUCAAACUCCCAAAGUAG